GAGAAACUAAGGUGAUGCUCUGUGGCAAGCGGCCGUGUUCCAGCCGGGGAAACGCUGACUGGACUCGCAGGAGGUGGCCAGAAUGCAAUUUCAGUGGGAUUGGUUAUGUCUGAGUCUCUUGGUAUUAAGCUCAGUAAGUGCAGAAUCUGAAGAUCCAGAAGUUGAAGUGGAAGAUUUUGGCCAGAAUUCAGAAGACACUGAGACAGGCAUAUCCUCCAUGGAGGUUGUAUACAAAACACCAAAGGCUACAGGAGAAGUGUAUUUUACUGAAACCUUUGAUGAUGCAAUAUUGUCUGGGUGGGUUUUAUCUCAAACCAAAAAGGAGGAUACAGAUGAAGAUAUUGCUAAGUAUGAUGGAAGAUGGGAAAUAGAACCAUUAAAAGAAAAUACGGUGCCUGGUGACAGAGGAUUGGUACUGAAAUCAGUAGCAAAACAUCAUGCAAUAUCAACUAUGUUGACAAAGCCAUUUAUUUUUGAUAGUAAGCCACUGAUUGUUCAAUAUGAAGUGAACUUUCAGGAUGGCAUUGAUUGUGGUGGUGCAUAUGUUAAACUUCUAUCCAAAAGUGAUGACUUGAAUCUGGAAUACUUCUAUGAUAAAACAUCAUACACAAUUAUGUUUGGGCCAGAUAAAUGUGGAGAAGACUAUAAAUUACACUUUAUCUUCAGACAUAAACAUCCUAAAACUGGGGAUUAUGAGGAAAAACAUGCCAAGCGCCCUGAUGUAGAUCUGAAAAAAAUUUACACUGACAGGAAGACCCAUCUAUAUACUCUUGUGCUGAAACCUGAUAAUACUUUUGAAGUAUUAAUUGACCAAGCAGUUGUCAGUAAGGGAAGUCUCCUAGAAGACAUGGUUCCACCUGUAAAUCCACCAAAAGAAAUUGAAGAUCCUAAUGAUAAGAAGCCUGAAGACUGGGAUGAGAGAGCUAAAAUACCUGAUCCUGACGCUGUCAAGCCAGAUGACUGGAAUGAAGAUGAACCUCCAAAAAUAGAAGAUCCUGAUGCUGUUAAACCUGAAGGUUGGCUUGAUGAUGAACCUGAAUACAUUCCAGAUCCAAAUGCAGAAAAACCAGAAGAUUGGGAUGAAGAAAUGGAUGGGGAAUGGGAGGCUCCACAGACUCCUAAUCCAAAAUGUGAAACUGCACCUGGUUGUGGAGUAUGGGUACGCCCCAUGAUGAACAAUCCAAACUAUAAAGGAAAAUGGAAGCCACCAAUGAUGGAGAAUCCUAACUAUCAGGGUAUAUGGAGCCCUCAGAAAAUUCCUAAUCCUGAUUAUUUUGAAGACGCUUAUCCUUUUCAGAUGACUACUGUUGAUGCUAUUGGUUUAGAACUUUGGUCUAUGACAUCUGAUAUUUACUUUGAUAACUUCAUAAUAUGUUCAGACAAGGAAGUUGUUGAUCGAUGGGCAGCAGAUGGCUGGGGCUUUAAAAAGUUGAUUGCAAGUGCCAAUGAACCUGGUAUGUUUAGUCAGUUGGUGACUGCUGCAGAAGAACGCCCAUGGCUUUGGAUUAUUUAUAUCUUGACUUUAGCCCUACCUAUAGGAUUGGGCAUAUUGUUCUGCUGGCCAUCCAAGAAAAUGGAUGACAAUAUAGACUACAAAAAAACUGAUUUAGCUAAGCCAAUUACAAAAGGAGAACUAGAACAAGAGAUGCCACAAAAGGAUGAAUUUAAAAAACCAGAUGAAAAUACUGGUGAAGAAGAAUAUGAAGGUGGUGAAGAUGAUGAUUAUGAAGAAGAAAAUGACAUUGCUGAAAGAAGUCAGGAAGAGGAGGGUAAUAAAUCUCACUCCGAAGAGGAUGAGAUGAGAGAAGCAGAUGAAAGCACUGGGUCUGUUGAUGGACCUGCAAAAUCAGUACGUAAACGAAGAGUACGAAAAGACUAACACACUUCCAGCUAGUAUUACUUGUUUCUAGUUACAGAAUGCAGUCAUACUAUUUUGACACUGGCACAGGCAUGCUGAUUAUUGAGUCUUAAACAAAGACUGAAUUCAGUUUAGAUUUUAAGUCUUAUUUUCCAGACCUUGUCAGGUUUUUCAUUUUACUUUUGAAGAAACAUUCCUACUUGUAAAGUUAUCUGGUUCUUUACUCCAUAGAAUACAAGAAAAAUGGUGAUAUGCCUGAUUUACUGUAUAUAUUCUUUGAAGUUAUUUAGGUAAUAAAUAUUGUUUGGAAAUAACUUUGGCUUUAAAAUAUCCUUUUAAAAGCUUAAUGUUUUUUUUCCCCAGCUCUAGUGGAGAUAUAUUGUUUUUAAAUUUUAGAUUAAUUUUAGGUAUAAACAGUUAAAUAAACUCAAACAUGCUUUGAUAGAAUCACUUUGACAAUUUGAGCUGAAUGCAAUAACUGUGUUUGGCUAUUUAUUACAUUUUUAAAAAUUGUAAUAUUUACUUAAGUUUUGUUUCUCGUGUGUGCUUGAUGUUUGUUAUAGUUGCUGCUGUUUUUGUUUUACAGAGUACAUUUUCAUUAAUUUUAAACAAUAAAACAGCAUGUUUCACAUUUAAAUGGAAAAACAUUAACUGUAUUUACAUCAACGGUGUACAGGAGAUUUUUCAUGCUUUUAUAGUUUUAUGUUUCAAGCCAGAUUGGCAUAAUCCAUGUACAAUUUACUUCCUAAGGAUACAUCAACUCCUAAAUAAAAAUCUUUAAUAUAACCUGUUAUGUUUAAAUUGAAACUUAUUAAUGUGUACAUUUUGGAAUCACAUUUUAAAAAAUAAACUACUUGUAAUAUUAACAUUUAAUUUUCUGCUAUGUAUUCAGUAUAAUUCUCAAAAUUCAGUGUGUACUGUAUUGCAAAAUGAAAAAUUGCUAUAAUAGCAUUAGAGCUUCCAGAAAUUAUUGAUUGCACUUUUUCUGCAGAAGUUUCACUUCUGGGUUAUCUUCAGCAAAUGAAUAGAACAAGGAUCUCUUAUCUUUGGGGGCCCACUAGCACAAUUUUAUUUUAAAAAACUAUGUUGCCUCAAGGUUCUUUAUUGUGGAACAGGAUUAUUUUGUAUCUGGAGACUUAAAUCAAGCGAAGGAGCAAGCCGUGGUCAUGUGAUCACAAUUUCCGAUGUUCCCUGCUGGCUCCCCACAAGCAAGUCA